UCCAAGUGUACCUGCCAACAUGAAAACAACAUGGCUGGGAGCAGUACUGAUAUUUGGUUUUGCUCUGCCUCAAAUCUGUUCUCUCUCUCAUCCCACUCCUCCCUGUUUGUCAACUGUGGAGCUCUGCAUGUCUGAUUUAUGCUUGGCUAAAACAACAGGAAUCUUCUGUGAGGAAAAUGCUGACGGGUGCCAAAUGAAAGACUGGUCUGUGUGUAACCUGAGCCUGGCCAGUGUCCUGGAGCUGUUCCCCGCCCUCAGACCAUGUGUGUGUGAGCAAGAGGCUGCACUGUGCGCUUCUAUACCAGCACUGCUAACACAAUGCCAUGAAAAGACAGCAGCUCAAAGACAGAGAAGCUCUGACAACGACUGGCAAUCGAGCACAUUACUGGACUUGGUUGAGGACACCUCAAGACCCUGUCUGGACAGCAUAAGUCGUUGUCUUGGAGAUGCAGUCUGCAACAGGCGGAUGACUCCAGUUCUGCAGGACUGUAAGGAGCCAAACUGUGAGCCGCACAGAUGCCAAAGAGCCACGGCGGGUUUCUUCAGGGCGAUGCCUCCCAGCGUGGCCCGAAUGUUGGUUAUGUGCCAGUGUCCAGACUCAGAUGAGGCGUGUGGAGGGAUGAGCUCUGCCCUAUACAGCAGCUCAUGUGGGACACAAAGAACAAAUUGCCUGCACACAGUCACACAGUGCACCAGGGACCGAGGCUGCAGAAGGCGGCUUAGUGUUUUUCAGUGGAAAUGCUGGAGCUCUGGGGACCCUCAGUGCCUGGAAGCCCCCCACACACAGGAGUGCUUGAGUCAGAUGAACCCAUCUCUCAUCCUGGGAGCAGAGUCUGAAUGUCAAACAGCCUUUUUAGACACUGUGGGUACUGCACUUCAUUACCCCUGCUCUUGUGAGGGACUGUUGGGCCCUGACCUGCAGAUGUGUGCUAUGAUUCAUGAGGUCUUCCACAACAGGACUGUCUUCGUUCAAGAGUGGAAGGACAACUACGCUCCUACCAAACCCCCUUCACGAUCAGAAGACGUUCUUUUUUACUUUAGUGAUUUGCUCCUGUCGGGGUUUGCCUGUGUGCUUCUCAUGGGCAUCACUGUUUUGGUGAUUGCAAUUAUAUUAUGGUUGGCAAGGAGACAGAAAGAAAAUAAGCUGCACUCUUUUCAGAAAAGCCACACUGUUAUUCUCUGAAAUCAAUGUUUUCAUUUCUAACAACAACAGCUGUCUUGUAUCAUCUGAGUCAUAGGUAUAUAAC